CCCCGGUAAAUAGCAGGUGGGGGGAAAAGUGAAUGGAGACAGGAUCGAGGGAAGCAGAGUUGUAAGCAGCGGAGCAACACGCUGUUUGUUAGAUGAAGCUGAAAAAUUUAGGUAGUUAAUCCCUUGAGACCAUUCGAGUCAUCAACAUUCGCGUUCUUUCACCUUGCCGGCCACAAACUACUCCACCUCUAUACCACCGCUGAGUAGGCUACAAUAAUCACCGCCAUCCAGUUGUCUCCGGUUAGGUAUGUAUAGGCCACAUGGAGUUGGAGAGUCAUGGUGAUAUUGAUAGACUAUCCCGCCUCUGCGGGGCUGCUGUCGACAGCUGGAGAGCUGAGGAUGCCAUUUUCAGACACCGUCAAGUACUUCAUCCUGGGCAUCUCGGUCACUCUCCUUCUGUUGGCCCUGGGUAUCUUGGCAUGGCAGGCCUUCAGAUGCUGCACACAGACACACACUACAUACAUCGAGGAAGAUACUGUGAGCAGUGAUCUGCUGUACUCAGAGGAUAAGUCAAGAACAUCUGGAAGCCAUGCAGAAGCUCCAAGGACUAGGGUGGAGGAUGUCGGCACAGAGGUCCGCAGGCUGAGUCGCUGUCUGUCUCAGGCCUCGUUUCCCUCCUCAGGAUCCAGCCAGGGAGACAGCGACGCGGGCAAGCAGGCCACUAAAAAGGUCGAUGGAUCGCUGCGUUUCUCCAUCUAUCAUGACCAGCUGCAAUCCCAGUUGGUGGUCACCAUCUUACAGGUGGAGGGGCUUCUGGAGCACUUGCAGACACGCAGCCUCCAGCUAUUUGUUAAGCUAAGUCUCAUGUGGGCAGGUUCAGAGGGAGUGGAAGUGGAAGGCUGUAUGGAGGAGGAGGAGGUCGAAGGGACAGCACCUGUCCUUUGGACAGUGCUGCAGGAGUGGCGAACUCGUAUUGUGAAAGGCAGCUGUAAUCCUUUAUAUGGAGACCAGUUCAGCUGCGUUCUGCAAGAGCAUACAGAGCUUCAUCAUCUCACCCUCAGGAUGGAGGUGAGGGACUUUGAUAAAUUCUCCAGACAUGCAGUGUUAGGAGAGGUAAAAGUUCCUCUAGGGCAAUUUAACAUCGCCUACCCUCUGGAGCUACAAGAAGAUCUGCAGAUACCCCAGAAGGAUCUUGUAGGAGAGGUGCUUCUGUCUUUGAAGUUUCUUCCCACUUCUCAGAGGCUUGAGGUUGGACUGUUAAAGGUCAGAAUGGUCCUCACCAAAAUGUGCUCAGAUACAGCCCUUUACGCCCGGAUCAGUGUGCAGUGCAACCAUUGCAAGUUGAGAUACCAGAAAACCUCUGCAGUGGCCCGCUGCCUGGUAACUGUCUUCAAUGAGGUCCUCAUGUUCUCCCUGCCAGAGUUUCCUCUUGAGCAGUGUAAAAUUGUGGUUUCUGUGUAUGAGACUCGCAUGACUAGGAAAUCAACCAAACGUCUGAUUGGACAGUUGACUGUGGGGAAGGAGAAGAGUUCAGAAGACAAACACUGGAGCCUGAUGAUGCGCUCAGUCCGCCAGCCGAUAGCAAAGUGGCAUGGCCUGCUGAUCUGACCUUCCUGCACUUACUUGGAUCUCCGUACAUGCUUGUAUUUAACUGGAAUCUGCUUGUUUAUCAGGAGAGGGAUGUGCACUUGCUUUACUGCAGGCCAAACAUAGACUUCUCUGUCUCCUGACUCCCCUGUGAUAGAAAGACCUUACCACUCCAAUCACAACGGUGACUGUUAACUGGAUGCAACGCAGUGAUUUCCGCAUGGAUUUUAUGACUCCUUGCAGACACCUUUAUUUUGUUUGUGAAAGCAGAAAAGUACUUUAGUUCUGAACUCACCUAUAGUAGGCCAAUGUGUUAACUUUGUACCUGUGAACAGCCAGUAACUGAAUCAGUCAGUUAGGGCUGGAACUAAUGAUGAUGAUAAUUGUUGUAAAUGUGAGUUAUUAGUUUCAUUAUUUGGCAAGGUGUAUCUUUUUUGUUACAUAAUCAUUUGGUCUAUAAAAUGUGAAAAUAUCAAACAACAGUAAAUUACCAUAACAUUUUUUUAUUUAUUUGAAUUGAACAGAUAACAGUAGCACAUUCAGUUUACAAUUGAUCUAAAGCUUACCUCUAAAAAGGCCGGACACCCCCUUAUUUCCUUUUUGUUUGUUAAUUUAAACAUUUUCAUGAAAGUAGAUCUAACAAGAUUCAUUCAUAUUAAAAUAAGAAUGAUUUCAUGUAAAAUGUA